AUGGCAUCCCAGCGACCCAUCACGCCCUCGGGCGGCUACAAUGGCAUCCCUACACCUAGCGACCCUACGCACCUGAGCAGAGGAUAUGGCGCCAAUUCGCACCUGGGCGUCGACGGCAACGACUUUGCGACCACCCCCUCAGCCCCUGUAGAAUCCUCACCACUAUCGCAAUCGCUCAACCCCCACGACAGCGAAAGGUUGGGCAGGUUCAAUGAGAACUUUGAUGCGCAAACGCGGGGUUCGUCAGUGAUUGGAGAUGGCGAGCAUUUGCCUGCCCGCUCCGCCUCGCGCGCAUCUACCUUGGGUCAUGGAGCAUCGGGGGCAGCUUCAGGAACCCCCUCGCGCAGUGGCACGCUGAAGAAGCGAGCCUCGGUCAAAAGGAGUGGCAGUCUCAAGCGUAGCAGCAGCAGACGAAGCGUGCGCGCGGGGAGCAUCAAGGGCGUCGAGUUUGCCGACGAGGAUGGCAGUGGUGUUAAGCACAACAGUGUCUUUUAUACCCCCGUCCCAACUUCAGGGUCCCCUACCGACAUCCUUGCAAACCGCUUCCAAGCUUGGCGGAAACUGCUCAAGGACCUCAUUUCGUAUUUCCGCGAAGUCGGCGCCUCCUUCGAACACCGCUCCAAGGCCUUGCUCAAGGUCUCCAAUGUCAUCAACAAUACCAAUGCGCCCGCGCUAUUCCUCGCUGAGGGCGGCCUGAACGAUGCGAACAAGAUCCUCCGCGACUACCAUAAGCAAGCACUGUCCGAGUCGAACAAGGCCAAGGAGAUCGAAAAUGAGGUGGUCAACCAGCUAUCUGGGCUUCGAGCAGACCUGAGCCAGAAGAUCAAAGAGAUCAAGUCUCUGAGCGGUGACUUUAAGAACUCCGUAGACAAAGAGAAAGAAAAUACCCGAAAGGCUGUCGGUGCUUUGGAGGAGUCUCUGGCCCUGAUCGACUCUGAUCCCGCAGCUGUUGCCGGGAAAGGAGAUCCAUUCGUGGUUCGCUUGGGCGUAGAUCGACAGGUCGAACGCCAGAUUGAUGAGGAAAACUAUCUGCACCGCGCGUAUCUGAAUCUCGAGCACUCUGGGCGCGAGCUAGAGUCGAUCGUUGUUGGAGAGAUCCAGAAAGCCUACAAUGCGCUCGCAAGCAUCAUGAAGCGUGAAGCCGAUGAGAACUACUCCACAAUUGAGAAGCUGCGAAGCGGACCUGUGGGUAUGCCUCGGGAUCUAGAGUGGAACCAGUUCGUUACCAAUGACCCGCACUUCGUAAAUCCAAAUCUGCCUAUGAGGAGGUUAGAGGAUAUCGAAUACCCUGGCAAACACCAUCCCGCUGCUGCUGAGGUAAGAGCGGGCAUGCUAGAGCGCAAGUCAAAGUAUCUUAAGAGCUACACACCGGGCUGGUGA